AUGCGAAUUAUAGCUCUCCUACACAUCUCACUGGCAAUCAUCCUUCAUCUAUUAUUACCUUCUGUCGAAUCGACUUGUGUUAAUAUGUUUGUAUAUAAUGAAUGUAGGAACCGAGGUGAAUUUAUGAAAUCGAAAUGCGCCCCAAUGGAUUUUAUUUGCCAAUGUGAUGCUCUUAAAGCAAUUCAACUUUGUUUCUUACAAUGUACCGACGAUAUAAAUAUUAUAAAUGAAGGAAAAGCUUACGAGCCUUCUGUCGCCCAAAUCUGUGCACUCGGCACCAGUCAAAGUCUUACAAGGUAUCCUAAACCUACAUUCAUAGUCAACCCCACAUCAUCGAUCCCUCCACAAAUAACCAUGAAUAGUAUUUCGACAACACAAAAGCCGUUACCAAAAACUCAGAAUGGAUCACCUGCUCGUACUACUACUACACCUACUGCUGCAUCUAAUCGUAAUUUCUUUUGGCUUUUUAAUGGUAUAAUUUGA